AGUAAUCGAGACAGGCAAAGUGCAAGAAAGUCACACGUGGUUCACAUAUCAAGUUGAUUAUUUUUCAAUGAAAUGAAAGAGAUGAAUUGGAAAUAACAGAUAUUGUUGAGACGAAUCAAUCGUCAUAAGUAUUAGAUAACUCAUGUGAUUGUCGAUUUCAUUCAGUUUACUCGUAAAUGUAAAUAUUUUCACGUAACAAUUCGCGAUUAAAUUCGUAUACAGUGAAGUGUUAAAAUACGAUCCUUUCAAACUCUUUUUUCAACCAUGGAGCAAUAUUUGGUGAACGCGAUCUCAAACUUCGUCUCAACCCGUACAGACAUUUUUGGAAAUGAAAGCAAGUACGAAAAAUUCAAGGAAAUUGAUGCAAACCAAACGAUACCAGAUGGGUACAACUCCACUCUAUUCUUCGGACAAAUUCUGUAUAAAGAUAGAUCUGGCACCAUUCACGAAUCAAAACCAGUCGUAAUCAAAGCAACUCCAAAGGUGAAAAAUACCAGGUUUAUUUCAAAUUUGUUCAUCAACGAAAUCAACUUCUACACAAAAGUAAUUCCCACCUUCAGCACUUUGAACGAAUCAUUUCCAUCCCUAUUUCCGCAAUUUCAUUACGGUGAAACGAUUUUCAACCCUUCGGGAGACCAAUCAGUAAUAAUUUUGGAAGAUUUGAAAUCCAGAGGUUAUCGAAUGGCGCCCAAAAGAUCAUUUCUCGAUAGUCAUCAUUUGAUUUUAAUGAUGAGAAAAUUAGGCGAAUUUCACGCUUAUUCUUAUAAAGCUAAAAAUGAUAUUCCGAAUUUAUUCUAUCCUCUGGCUAAUCAUUGUUUAGAAACAAACACUUAUGUGAACCACGAACAUAGUGAUUUAUUACCAAGCAUAGAUCAUCUCGGAUUUGACUGUUUAUUGAAGAAACACCCGCAAUACGAACAAUACUCUCCUAUCAUUGAAAAAAUGCUGCGAAAUGCGACCGAUAUUUACAUCCAAGCUCUUUCCAACGAUAACUUGAAGAAUCCUACAUCCGUCAUUUGCCACAGUGAUUUUUUAAGAAACAAUGUCAUGUUUAAGUACGAAAAUCAUGUUCCUAAAGAUAUGGUACUUAUUGACUUGGCAAACUAUCGUUAUGGUUCACCUGCUAUCGACUUGAUCACAGUUUUGUAUUUAAAUACCGAUCAGCGAACACGAGAUGAACUUUGGGGUACACUGAUCGACGAGUACUACACAGCUUUGAAAACAACUUUUGCCAAUAACCGAGUCCCUGAUAAAAGCGAAAUUUUAUCAGAGUUUAAUCAAAGAGCUUUCUACGGGUAUCUCGUUGCAACCUACUUUUUACCUAGUCUUAUUGCCCAAGAUAAUGAUAUACCUCUUUCGGAUUACGAUCGUGUAAUGGGUCAAGAAUACCCCGAUAUGGGACUAUACCAGAUUCCUGCGGAAAUUUUGGGUGAAAUGAUCCUCGCUGCGAGCUGUGAUGCGGGUAUUGAAGCUUUAAGUGAUAUACUCCGAGAUAUGAUUGAUAGAGGAUUUAUUUGUAAAUAAAUUAAGAUUUUUGUCACGAGUGAA